GCUUGCAACUCCACUUCGGACAUUGGUCUCUCUUCUCGCCUUCUCCUUCUCACCAGGUGCCAAGUGGCAUUCACCGUUCCUCUCACGUCUUCAUAAACUCAAUUCUACCGCUUGGGGAACCUUUCUCCCUUUGAUCCACCUUUCCCCUCUCUCCCCUCCCCCCUCAAUGAGGUCCGGGAAGCUGUCCGGUAUCCGCACCCUUCUCCGUGCCGGCCUUCUACGAUGUGGCUAGACCGCAUUGCUGGCCAUUCGACUCCCUCGGGCCCCCAGGUUGACAGUCGCAGCAACUCCCCUCUUCCCCCCCGAAGGACAUCCUCUCGCUUGUCGCCGAACAUACAAAACAAUCGUCCCGGAUCCAGUCGACAAACUUCCUCCUUAUCCGUCCUCCUGACUCCCAGUGAUUCGACCACCUCCCUUCCCGCAACCGCACGUGGUGACAGAUCGCCGUUGAGACAAAUCGCUGCAAGAUCCCGCCCUUCCGAUGUUGCCGACCCCCUCGAUAUUCUGAAUGGCAUUCUUGGGAAGCAAAAUGCCGACCGGAACUCGUCUCCUGAUGUUGACUCUGACUUCAAGCCUGCGGAACUCGUGGAAGACAUUGACUUCCAAGGGCUGAGCUUGGAGGAUUUUGUCUCCAAGAAGGAUGAACCUAGACGAAUCAUCAGCACUGAUCUCGGCGCUCAAACCGUUCAGCAAUUCGAACGAGAACAGAACAAGUUUCAAGAUUUACAUUCGGCAAUCACCAGUUGUGACGAAGUCUCGAGCUCGAUGGAGACAUAUCUGAACGAUUUCCAGAAUGAACUCGGGACUGUUUCGGCAGAGAUCGAGACUCUGCAGAUUCGCUCAAUCCAACUGACUGCAAUGUUGGAAAACCGACGCAAUGUCGAACAGCUCCUUGGGCCUGCUGUGGAGGAGAUCAGUAUCUCUCCCAAAACAGUGAAGUUGAUUGCGGAGGGACCGAUCGAUGAGAAUUGGGUCAAGGCGCUCAACGAGAUGGAAACCCGCUCGGCAAGCAUUGAGGCCAAAGUCUCGGGCUCUAGCAGCACGAAAUCCGUCGAGGACGUACGGCCGCUUCUCACGGACAUCAAGAACAAGGCAGUGGAAAGAAUCAGGGACUAUCUGGUGUCUCAAAUCAGAGCGCUACGGUCUCCGAACAUCAACGCUCAGAUCCUCCAGCAGCAGCGACUGGUGAAAUUCAAAGAUCUAUACAGCUAUAUCUCCAGGGCCCACCCAGGACUUACGGGGCAAAUCACACAAGCCUAUAUCAACACUAUGCGAUGGUACUAUCUGUCGCACUUCUCACGAUAUCGUCAAGCGCUCGAGUCGAUCAAGGUUUACCCCAGUGACCGGAACGAGGUUCUAGGAGGAGACCCGUCAGCUCACAAAACAGGCUCUGCUGUUGCCGGCAGUCGCGCAGGAUCUGCAGCACACGACCCAUUUUCCCUAGGAAGGAGGGUAGACAUUCUGCGGACUGGUGCUCAGAUUGCCAUCUCUUCUUAUCUAGCAGAGGAAGAUAACUCCUUCCAUGGUCUUGAAGUGCCAUUCCGCAAUUUCAAUCUUGCCGUUGUGGAUAAUGUGUCUGCCGAAUACUCCUUCAUGACCGAGAUGUUCUCGACCUUAAGCUUCCAGCAAAUUUCGCGCAAAGCGGUCGAGAUCUUCGAACCAGUCUUUGGGCUGGGGCAGACCCUGACAAAGCAGCUGAUCGAACACACGACGGACGCGCUGGGGGUCUUGAUCUGCGUUCGAUUGAAUCAGCACGCCGCUUUUGAGCUGCAGCGUCGCAAGGUCCCCGUUGCCGACUCUUAUAUCAACGGAGUGAACAUGCAGUUAUGGCCACGAUUCCAGGUCAUCAUGGACACCCAGUGCGAAUCCUUGAAACGAGUGGCCGCGAAUACGGGUCGUAGUGCGGUGUCCGCCCUGUCCUUGGCCGGGGGUGACGAUCUGAACAAGUCGUCGGCGCCUCAUUUCCUCACGCAGCGGUUUGGUCAGCUGCUGCAUGGGAUAUUGGUUCUCAGCAGUGAUGCAGGAGAUGAUGAACCCGUGGCCAACAGCUUGAAGCGCUUGACAGCCGAGUUUGACAACCUUCUGACGAAGCUCAGCCGUAUUGGCGGUGAUGCGAAGAGACGGGAGAGAUUUCUUUACAACAAUUACUCGCUUGUUCUGGCUAUAAUUAGUGAUACCCAAGGUAAAUUAGCGAUUGAGCAGAAACAGCUAUCCUUCUCACCCCCCCAAAACCUAGGUACGGCAAGUACUUCAAAGUCACAUUGUAUCGCUCGAAGCCGCCUCCUCCCUCUCUUGCGCCGGCGCGGCUUCUCCAGCACGGGCGCUGCCCGCGCCGACGUCACUCAUGCGGUCAUAGGCGGCGGAGUGGUCGGACUCGCCGUUGCGCGCGAAUUAGCCGGUCGCGAGGGGACGUCGACGAUUUUGCUGGAACGGCAUGAUGCGCCGGGGACGGAGACGAGUAGUCGGAAUUCUGAGGUCAUCCAUGCAGGACUGUACUACGGCACCGACACCCUCAAGGCCAAGCUCUGUAUCCAGGGCAAGGAGAUGCUCUACGACCUGCUGCAGCGACAGGGGCUGCCGUACCGCAACACGGGGAAAUGGCUGGUGGCGCAGGACGACCCGGAACGAGACUCGCUGGAGCGGAUGCACGCGCACGCGCAGCGCAUCGGGGUGCCGACGCGGUUUCUGAGCCGGCAGGAGACCGAGCGGCGGGAGCCCGAGGUGCGGGCGCUGGCGGGGGUGCUCGAGAGCCCGACGACGGGCAUCUUCGACAGCCACAGCCUGAUCACGUACCUGCAGGGGGACCUGGAGCACCGCGGCGGCGACUGCGCGUUCCUGACGCGGGUGACGGGGCUGCGGCCCCUGGGCCCCGGCCAGGGCUACGAGAUCACGGCGGUGUCGGCCGACGGGGCGGAGACCUCCAUCACGGCGGAGACGGUGGUGAACAGCGCCGGGCUCGGCGCGUGCGCGGUCAGCAACAUGCUGCUGCCCGCGGCGCGACACCGCACGAUGCACUACGCCAAGGGGACCUAUCUCUCGUACGCGGCCUCGUUCCCCAAGACCUCCGUCCUGGUGUACCCCGCCGUGACCAAGGCGCAGGCCGGCCUGGGCAUCCAUCUGACCCUGGACAUGGGCGGCCAGAUCCGGUUCGGCCCCGACUCCGAGUGGGUGGAUAGCCCGGAUGACCUGGCGCCCAAUCCAGCCCGGCUCGAGCCGGCGCUGCCUCUGAUCAAGAAAUAUCUGCCGAACGUGGAUGUCACCGCGGUCAGUGUGUCGUACUGUGGAAUCCGGCCCAAGUUGAAUAAGGACAGCGGUUCCUCCUUCGGCUCAUCGAAAGUCUGGCAGGACUUUGAGAUCCAGGAGGAGGAAGGAUUCCCGGGGUUUAUCAAUCUGUUGGGCAUCGAGAGCCCUGGGUUGACCAGUAGUUUGGCCAUUGGGAAGAUGGUGAAGGAAAUGCUCUACUAGGGGGGGUGGUAGAGUGGUACAUGUCUGUAGAUAAAGGGCGAAACCAGUUGUAGAUACAUAAACUCAGGCGCUACAGCAAGCGCUGGAAGUGAUGGAAGAACAAACGGAUAGUUUUACAAAGGAAUUGGCAGCCAAG